AUGCAUAAAAAUCACAGAAGCUGCUUUCCUUCUCAACAAGUUUAUAAUCAGGAUCUAGACUACAGUAGAAUACCUAAAGGAGAAAAAGAAGCACUUGAACACAGAGAUAAAGGAAUUGUGAGGCGGCACAGAGAUGCAUCCACCAGUCUCGUCAAGGCUCCAGUUUUCAUUCCGGAAGAUGAAUUAUCCAUAGAGAGUGGCUCAGAAUAUAGCGAAGGCAAGAAAAAAGGUCUUAUCAGUAAAAUGCGAAAAACAUUAGAAAGAUUUGUAGGACAUCACUACCAACACAAACAGUUAAAAAAUUUCAACAAGAAAAUUGAAAGAAACUGUAGAAGUGGUAAUUCAAGAACUAGAAACCUCCCACGAUUUCCAGUAAAAUGUGAUCAUUUUCUGAGAACUAGCAAGAUCACUGACUCACCACAGAAGUUCCUGGGAAAAAAAACACCAAAUCGUCUCCAGAAUAGUGAUUCAUACUCAUUCAGAUCCAUAGAUAACACACCUUCCACAACGCAGGCCAAACAAUUGGCAAAUAUUGAUGAAAAUAAGAUACUUGCAACAUUCAAGGCUAAGCUGCAAAAAACAGCAAGAAUCCACGUUGAUGUGGAUGUUGUGGAGGCAGAAACAGCAAGUAUUAUUGGCAACAAUCUAAUUGUGAGGUCACGUCGCAUGUCCCGUCGAGUGUCUGUUACAAGCCUCUCUGCUGAUCAGCAAAAGGUAGUCAACACAAACAAAAGGCAGUACUUUAAAAUAUUCAAGAAGAAAAAGAAAAAAGAAAUGGUUCAAAACAGACAUUCUUUUUUAACAGUAGGAAAGCUUCAAGCACAGGUAAAUGAUUUAAUAGAAACGGCUUCCGACAAGUCAUUGAAGUUACUGGCUCAAAGGCAUGCAGAACUCCAGCAGUGUGAGUACCUAGGAGAUGAAAUUCUACAAUCAUCUAAACAGUUUCAGCGUGUUUCUAAGAAAAGUGCCCGAAAGACUACCAUUGUGAAUGGUGGCAUAGUGAUUAACUUUCUGAUAAAUCCAUAA